CUGUCUUCUAGGUACAGCUAAUGAUAUAGCUCCUGUGUCUCUACACUCGCUGAGACUCUGUCUUCUAGGUGAUUGCUACUGGUCGUAUCUCCACUGCGCGGUAUUGUCUGCGACAUCGUAGCGUCUCAAGCCAUCCCUGAACCAGAUCUACACGAUGAUCGGCGAGUCGAGCUGCUUCUGAGCGAGGUACCUGAUCGUAGCUCAGUGUAGGCGGUGUUGUGGACUCGGUGGGUGCAAUUUCGGCGGAAAAUGAGUGGAUCGUGGAUUGGCGUCGUGAAACGAAGGGCUGUGCGGGUUGUCUGGACAAUCCAUCCGGGCCGUGUUUGACGCCAGGGACGUGUACUAGCUCGAAAUGGAACGUUAGGAUCGCCAGGAUCCAGCGAUUGAUACUGGCCGAGGGCGAAAGAUCGGGGUUCCGUAGCAUACCCUUGAUGUACCUAGCGUCGACUUCAACCACUAGGUUUCGU